AUGACGUCGGUCAGAGUGGCCGUUCGUGUACGACCAUUUAAUAUACGCGAAAGAAAUCGUCAAGCUAAAUGUAUUAUUCGAAUGGAUCAAAAAGAACAAACAACAUUUAUACGAAAUCCUAUUGAUGAUACUGUUAAACAUUAUAAAUAUGAUUAUUCAUAUUGGUCAUGUGAUGAAAAUAUAAAUAAUCAAAAAUUUUCCACACAAGAACAAGUUUAUCAAGAUUUAGGCAUUGAAAUGUUAGAACAUUCAUUUGAAGGAUAUAAUGUUUGUAUAUUUGCUUAUGGACAAACAGGUGCUGGUAAAUCUUAUACAAUGAUGGGUAAAAAUGAACCUGAACAACAAGGUGUUAUUCCAAGAUUAUGUGGUGAUUUAUUUGAUCGUAUUAAUUCAUCAUCACCAUUAUCAUCAUUACCUUCAUCUUCUUAUAUAAAACCACGUUAUACAGUUGAAGUAUCAUAUAUGGAAAUCUAUUGUGAACGUGUACGAGAUUUACUUUCACCAAAAAAAUCACAAACAACCGGUGUUGGUAGUUCACAUAAUUUACGUGUUCGUGAACAUCCUAUUAUGGGACCAUAUGUUGAAGAUUUAUCUCGUUUACUUGUUACAUCUUAUGAUGAUAUAUCAAGAUUAAUUGAUGAAGGUAAUAAAGCUCGAACAGUAGCUGCAACAAAUAUGAAUGAAACAUCAAGUCGAUCACAUGCUGUAUUUACAAUAUUAUUUUCUCAAUCAACAUAUGAUUCAAUAACAAAUUUAACAACUGAAAAACAAUCUAAAAUUUCAUUAGUAGAUUUAGCUGGUAGUGAACGAGCUGAUUCAAGUGGUGCAACAGGUGAUAGAUUAAAAGAAGGUGCAAAUAUUAAUAAAUCAUUAACAACACUUGGAAAAGUUAUUGCAGCACUUGCUGAAAUGAGUUCAAAACAUCGUAAAACACGUUCAGAAAAAAAACCAGAUUUUAUACCAUAUCGAGAUUCAGUAUUAACAUGGCUACUAAAAGAAAAUCUUGGUGGUAAUUCUAAAACAGCUAUGAUUGCCGCAAUAUCUCCAGCUGAUAUAAAUUAUGAAGAAACUCUUUCAACUCUUCGUUAUGCUGAUCGAGCUAAAGCAAUUGUUUGUAAAGCAGUUAUUAAUGAAGAUGCUAAUGCUCGACUUAUACGUGAUUUAAAAGAAGAAAUAAUGAAAUUAAGAGAAUUAUUAAAACAUGAAGCUGGUAUUGAUUUAUCACCAGAUGGUGCAGCUAUAUCACUUGCAUCGGCAAAUAUUUCAAAAAAUUCACGUCUUAAAUCAACAUCAUCACAAAGUAGCGAAGAUGCUUUAGAACGUUUAAAAGAAAAUCAAAAAUUAAUGGAUUCAUUAUGUAUGUCAUAUGAAGAAAAACUUAAAAAAACAGAAAAAAUUAUGGCUGAACGAGAAGCUGCUUUUCAUGAACUUGGUGUUUAUUCAAAAAAUGAUGGAAAUGCUGUAGGAAUUUUUUCACCGAAAAAUUCUCCACAUCUUGUUAAUCUAAAUGAAGAUCCAUUAAUGUCCGAGUGUUUGAUGUAUUUUAUUAAAAAUGGUACUACACGUGUUGGUCGUCCUGAUGCACCUAUUCAUCAAGAUAUUGUUUUGUCUGGUUCACAUAUUGAACCUGAACAUUGUAUAAUAACAAAUUCACAACAUAUUGUUCAUUUAAAACCUUGCAGUCAAACAGCAAUGUGUUAUGUUAAUGGAAAAAAAGUUGAUGUUGAUGUAACCGUUGAAUUAACAUCUGGAUCUCGUGUUAUCUUUGGUAAAUCUCACGUUUUCCGUUUCCUUAAUCCUGAACAAGCACGACGAAAGAAUGUUAAAACAGAACCAACUGGUGAACCAACUGAUUGGAAUAGUGCAAUACAAGAAUUAUUAGAAAAACAAGGCGUUGAUAUAAAACACGAAAUGGAAAAAAAACUCUUAGCAAUGGAAGAAUUAUUUAAACGAGAAAAAGAAGAAGCUGAUCGUCUUUUACAAAAACAAAAACUUGAAUAUGAAUCUAAAAUAGUUGAAUUACAAAAACAAGUUAUGGAAACAUCAAUAAGUCAAUCGAUGCUUUCAUCUAUUUUAUCAUCAUCUGGUUUAAUUGAUUCAUUAUUAUUUCGACAAAAUACACUUCCAGAAGAUCUUAAUGAAACUGAUAAUGAUACAUUUAGCUAUUGUUCUUGGUCAGAACACACUUAUCAAUUAGCUUGGUGGGCAUGGAAAAAAUGGCGUUUUCAUCGUAUGACAUCAUUACGACAGUUACAAGCUUUUGUUUAUUUGACUAAUCUUCUUUAUGGUUUACCGUUAGAACAAAAUAUCGCUAUUGUAUCUGAACGAGGUGAUAUAAAAGGUUAUUUAAAAAUUGCAGUACUACAAUUACAAACAUCAAUAUCAUUAUCAGCGGAAGAAACAACAAAUGAACAAAUUAAAUUAAUGAAAACAUAUAAAAAUGCUAGUGGAUUGACAAAAAUUGUUUUUGAUGAUGAAACAUAUUUUCAAGAUAUGAAAAGUUCAUGUUCAACUGAUUUAAUUAAAUCAAGUGAUUCAUUAGAUAUUAAUCUUCGUUAUGUUGAAGGACAAUCACAAUGUGGUCUUAAUGAUGUUCCUCAAGCAAAAUCUGCUAUUGAUUCUUUAUCUUCAUCUAUACCAAAUAAAGAAACAUCAACAAUGACUACAAGUGAUGUUCCAUCAAAUGAAUUGUUACAACAAUUUGGUAUUGAAUAUCAAUUUCGUGUAACAAUUUUAGAAGCCUCACAAAUUCCUCUUGAAUAUGAAGAUAUUUUUUGUCAAUUUAAUUUUCUACAUCAACAUCAUGAAGCUUAUUCAACAGAACCAAUUAAAAAUCCAGGCAAAUCUGAUGUAUCACUUGGUUUUUUUCAUGUACAAAAUUUCAGUGUUAUCGUUACUCGUUCAUUCAUUGAUUAUCUUCGUACAAAACCAAUUGUCUUCGAAGUAAUGGGUCAUUAUCAAGAACAUUCAAAUCCAACACUUAACAACAUAACAUCAACUCCUUCGCCAACAACUAUUGCAGCAACAAAGGCUUUUUCGAAACCUAUACCUGCUCAAACAUUAAAUCCAAUGACACCUGUCUGAAUCCUGGUAAUCAUUUUUAUUCUAUUUCUUAGUACAACAAAUCAAGUUCAUGCUAUUCAUGAUCUUCUUGUUUGGUAUGAAAUCUUUGAAUUGUCACCAAGUGGCGAAUAUGCUGCUGUAACAGUUGAUCAUUCUGAUGAUGUAUCAUGUUCUGGUCGAUUUAUUCUUCAUCAAGGUAUUCAACGUCGUAUUGGAAUAACAUUAUGUCAUGAAACAAGUGCAGAACUUAUUUGGAAAAAUGUUCGUGAAGUUGUUAUUGGUCGAAUUCGUAGUCAACAAAAUUCUAUAUUUGAUGAAACUGAUGGUCAAACACUUUCAUUAAAUAUUGUAUCAUCUCAUUAUAUUCAAAAACAACAUGAUGAACGAACAUUUUAUCAUUUUGAAGUUGCAUGGGAUUCAUCAUUACAUAAUUCAUUAUUACUUAAUCGUUGUACAUCAAAUAGUAAUUCAGUUUAUUUAACAAUAUCAUCAUAUAUUGAAAUAGAAAAUUCUAAUCAACCAGCUAUUAUAACAAAAGAUCUUUGUCUUAUAUUAUGUCCACGUAGUGGUGAUUCAACAUCACGUAUACGUUCAUCAUUAAAAAAUUUUUUUCUAUCAACUAAUUCUAUAACACGAUCAUCAACAAAUGAUGAACAUUCAAAUUGUAUAUCAGCUAUAUAUGAAUUAAAAUUAAAAUAUACUUCAACAUUAAAUACAAUAACACAAGAUUUUUCAAAUGUAAGUCCUGGUUCACAACGACGACAACGAAAAGUUAUUGAUACAUCGAAAAUUUAUGUACGUGGAGAAGAAAUGUUACAUGGUUGGAGACCAAGAAGUGAUUCAUUAAUUAUUGAACAUCAACAAGAUUUAGAAAAAUUAUAUAAAAUUGAAUGUGUUGAACAUACAAGACAUGUUUUACAAGUUAAAAAUUGUCUUAAAAAUUCUACACAAUCAUCAAAUGAUGCAUCUUCAGAAAAAAUCCAAACUUCAAUAAAUGAUUCAGAUGUUUCAUUUAAUGAUCAUCAGCAAGAAUUACUUCGUCGUUGUUUAACAAUGAUGGUACCUUCAUUACCAGCAAUAUCAAAAUUGACUGUACCCGAAAUUGAAGUAACAACCGAUCGUCUUUCAUCGGAUGAUAAUCGUGCUAUGCAUUCAUUAGUGAAAUCUUCAUCAUCAACGUCAAUGGGUACACAACCAUCACAUAUGCACACAACAAAUAUGAUGAAUUCAUUUAUUAAAUCAUCGUCAAAUGGUUUAGAUUUUGCAAAAUUUUCUCAUUUGGAUUCAUCUACUCCAAUAUCAUCUGUACAUUGUGUUAAUAACAUUCAUGAUUCUACAUCACUUAAUAUGCUAAAAUCUCGUUCAAUGGAAAGUUUAAUGAAUGCAUCGAAUAUUGCAUUAAAAUAUACUCUAUCAAUUGAAGAAGUUCAUUUAGCAUCGACUGUAUUACGUCGUGGUUAUUUGAAAUUUUUAGAAGAAAAACAAACAGAUUGGCUGAAAAAGUUUGUUAUUGUACGACGUCCAUUUGUAUUUAUAUAUAAUCAUGAAAAAGAUCCAGUUGUACGUGCAUUAAUUAAUUUAGGAACAGCACGUAUUGAAUUUAAUGAUGAAGAAUCAACAAAUGGAACAAGAAAUACUCGUAAUACUUUUUCCGUGGUUUCAAAAUAUCGUAGUUUUCUUAUUCAACCGUUAGUUGAAAAAGAUGUUUAUGAUUGGCUUUAUGCAUUUAAUCCAUUACUUGCUGGACAAAUCAAAUCUCGAUCAUCAAAUCGAUCAAAAGGAAACAUUGGCUAA